UACUGCAAGUACGCUGAAAACGAAUGAGAACUACAGCAGUAACUCAGAGCACGCGCUGUCUUGGGCGGUCAGAAUGAAUCAGCCAAUCCACCGCACCCUUGCAUCCGGGAGCGACCGUUGGACAGCAGUGUACCUUAUUAAUAACUACCAAUAGCUGGACGCCCUCAGCCGCACCACAAUAACCCACCGCGUGUUCCACUCCGAUCCGUUCCAUUCUGCUCUCCUCUCGAGAGGAAGAAGGAAGGAGGAAAGGAGGGAGAAGAAAGAAAAAAAAACCCCAAUUCCUUCUUACCCCGCGCUAAAAAGGCCAAUAUCAGAGCAUUUUGUUUCGCAACGACAACAAGUCACGGGGAGUAUCAUGGCUCCUCACGAACGGUCCUCGUUGUUCUCGGGUGGGUGGGGAAGUGAAUACGGUUCCUACCACCGCUCCUACGGCCCCCGCUGUCGCCAGGGGGAAUCCAUCGCCCGGUUUUUCAAGCUCGCUCUCAUAUCUUCUUGCUUGGCGGCCGCUCUGUACUUGUACUUUCCUUGGGGGCAAUUCCAAAGUACUCACCCGUUUCUCUCUUCCCGCACCUUUUCUUUAGCGUGCGGGGUGGCUGACUGACUGACUGACUGACUGACUGACGGCAGGAGCACAGCCAGUUCUAUACACGCACAAAAUCGGUGUGAUAGGAGCCGGGCCGGCGGGGCUAUCGGCGGCGUACCACAUCCACCAGUAUGCCCACAAGCGUGGGAUCCCUGUCGAAAUAGGGAUAUAUGAAAAGGCCCGAGUGGGCGGGCGAGUGGCGGAGGUCGUCGAGAUCGGCGGGGUGGAGUAUGAUGUUGAAGAUUUGGGCUUCCACACCUCUGACCGGACCAUAGUGGAUCUUGUGCGGAAGUUGGGAGAGUGCGAUUUGGGAAUUUGGUCCACGGAUCCUGGGUUGGGAUUGAAGAGGGGGAGUUUUAAAGUGUAUUCUAACCAAAUAUCUCCUCCCCACGUGCUGCGGUAAUAGAGCUAAGUGUGGAGAAUAGCUACGACGGCCAUUCCAAAAUAUUUGACCGGACACCCCCAAAGAGCUUCCUGGAAGACUGGUGGCACUCUUUUCAACUCUUUCUGAGAUACCAUCAUUCCCCGCGCACCGUCAAUGAUCUCUACACAAGAUCCGUCAAGGCCUUCUCAAAGAUUUACACACAAACCGAAGACCCCAGCAUCACAACGAAUUCCAACCUCAUCCAGGAUCUCAUCCAGCGGCUCAACUUGGAAGCGGAAACGAUAACCCCAGCGUCGGUAUAUCUGCAUCAGAAAGGCGUGUCAGAUUCCUUCUCCCGCGACCUCGUAAAUGCGUGGGCUCGCGCUGCCACGGGGCAGAACCUUGGCAGCGUGAACGCAUUCACCGCGUUGCGGAGCUCGUACACGGGUACUAUUGAAAUGGCCGUCGGUGAGAGGACGGGAGCACUGUUCGAUUGCCUACUGGCAGCCUCCGCGGCGCAAGUCAUCCCUAUGGAAGUUACCCGUGUACGUAGGCAUCCACCAAGCUGGGACGGGGAGUGGACAAUUACCUCCUCUCUAGAAAUCCCUUUCACACCCGAGGGUGAGGUCGAGGACAAUAGGAAGUUUGAGGUGGACGUUGCCUUUGACCACGUAAUCCUUGCUGCGCCGUUCUAUUCUUCGAAUGUAUACUUUGAGGGGGCGCAGCUCGACGCUAUCCCCCACUUUAUGAAUUACACGACGCUACAUGCUACCCUAUUUAUCGUAGACUCGGGGAAAACCAUGGGUGGAUCCUGCAAAAAUAUUUUGACAACACUACAACCAGGACACUUUUCAGGAGGCCAGCUCAGGCCUGGCCCCGAAGACGGCGGCAGUGCGGGCGUUUACUCCAUACGCCCAUGGCGUAUGAUAGAGUUGAAUGGUAGAGUCGUAGAGGUAUACAAGGCCCUCUCGCCGGAAGAGAUAGACAAGGAUCGCAUCAUGCACGUGUUGCACGCCGUGGGCUGUAGCCACCCUGUUGAAAUAUUGGCACAUGUUGAGGUUUGCCCCAUUACUAUCUACAAGAAAGGAAGGAAGGAAUCUAGCUGAUGGAUGGGUUUUUUGAAACAAAAAUCAAGAUCGGAAAUGCCUACCCAAUCCACCACCCCCGCACCGCAUUCUCCCACAGCAGACUCGCGGAGGGCCUCUGGUACACCGGUGGCAUCGAGGAGAUAGGCAGCACCCUGGAGCUAAGCGUGCUAAUGGGAAAGAUGGUUGCUGAAGGACUUGUGCGGGGGCUCAGGAAGUUUGAUCUCCCGGCUAAACCGAUGCAAGAGGGGGAGGCGAAAGAACCGGUGAAGGAGGAGCAUAGGGAAGGGGACGACGAGGACGAGGAUAAACGUCCCGGAAGGCCAGAGAGACCAGAACGCCCACAGAGGCCAGAGAGACCAGAACGCCCGCAGAGGCCAGAGAGGCCCGAAGCCCUAGUCAAUGAAAACUGGCCCGAGCGUCCUGAACACACACAGGCAUUGGGAAACCAACUGGAGGAGGAGGUGAUGGUGGUGAAGGAGGGCAAUGGAGACGAUACACCUCCCAAGAAACCGGACCAUCCGGAUUGGCCUGAAAGACCCGGACGACCGGAGCGUCCUGGGCGCCCCGAGAGACCGGGCAGACCUGAGCGUCCUGGGCGCCCCGAGAGACCAGGCAGACCUGAGCGCCCCGAGAGACCGGGCAGACCCGGGGAUGACUCAAGGCAGCCCGGUGACGGGGGGAGAGUGAGGAGGUUUUGAGGAUAUGAUUUGUUAGGUUUACGAUUUUUUAUUUUUUUCCUUCCCACGAUAGUAUUAUUAUGAUUUUCUUAUGUCAAGGGAUUGAAAUUGCUGGGCUGUUGGGUUUAUUUACUGUUGGCUAUGGGUUCUGGGAAUACCCUAGUUGAGGAUUUUAGGCUUGGUUCUGCCAAUUUCAACGAUUUUAAUUACUCCGCG